AUGAAUAGGGAAAAAAAACAAAGAAAAAAAAACCUAUUGGUUGUAUUUUGGGGAAGACCAGAUAAUGUGCCAAAUGGCCUCGUUGUUUGGGUUGUGGACGAGGCCAGCAAUCCCCUUGAUAGACUUCACAUCCACCACCUUCACCACACCAGGUGCCAGGCUAUCCCACGCAGGGAAAAGAUCCUGGUUCACACAUUGAACAUCAGAAAGACAGUCGAUGGUCGCAAAGAGUCUGGUCACUCUGUUGACAGUUUGGGAGAAGAAUUUAAGAAUAAAUCCCUACCUUUCAAAAAUAUAAAUGAGUUAUGA